AUGUUCUUCAUCGAAGACGAAGCGGUUCAAUGUCCACCGGUUCUCGAAACCAUGUUGACCCAAAGUGAAAUACAAGACCUCUUUUCCCUCAUUAACCAACCGGAAGAACCGGUCAGCCCAGGCUCCGGUUCACAGGGAUCGAACCGGGCGGUUUACUCGUCAGAAGAAAGAAAGCUGAGGCGCAUGGAGUCGAACCGGGAAUCGGCACGACGCUCCCGCUACCGAAAGAAGAAGCAUUUAGAGAACCUCACGACCCAACUGAACCGGUUGAGAAUAGAAAACCGGGAACUUAAAAACCGGCUUGCCCUCACCCUGCAUCACCAUCUCCUAUUAUCCCUUCACAAUGAUCAUCUAAAAUCCGAAUCCGUUGCCCUUAUGGCCUCACUUUCGGAUCUAUAUGGAUAUUUAGGCACCAUGCUUUCACAAUAA